AUGGGGACUCGGGUAAUGCCGAAUGCUUCGCCUGACCAUCACCCGACAGACGGCUCGACAGCUCCCUCUCACGUCGCGUUAGGCGACCCGGCCUCCUUUCUUGGUAUUCAGUUCGGCUCCGACCCGGCUGUCCUCCCUCAUGAACAUUCAUCCAUCCUCCACCCUUGGCUUCCAUGUGGCAGCAAUCGCCCAUCGCCCUCGUCGUUGUCCCCGGCUCCGAACUACUUAGAGUACUACCAGUACCAUACGCCUCAGUUGUUCAAUCAUCAGGAUGCUUGGAAUCCGCUCCAGGUGACUGGAGUCCCUCUCAACACAUCGGCUUUCAAUCUGCAGCCCAUGGGAAAGCCCUACCAGAUCAACGACUACAUUGACCGCCGGCGCUCCACCGGACAAUACAGCACCCACUCAGAAAAUGAUAGCCAGUACAACGGUCUUGCGUCGGGUGAUUCGGGAUACGGGAGUCGAAGCUGUACCACGCGCUCCAUAGCUGCAUCUUCCUUCGCGGUAGACUCAGCUUGCAGUCCGCACUUGGGUCCACAUGAGUAUGAACUGGACGAUAGAACGUCGACGUUCGAUCUGGGGCCAUCCGCCUAUGGCGAGGUCGCGGAGAAGACCGAACAACACAAUGCGCCUUGCGAUUAUGAGAUUAAAUGUGAUUAUCCCGAGUGCAACUGGAAAGGGAAAUGUCCAUCCGACAAAAGGAAACACGAGGCAAGACAUCGGAAGCUGUACAAAUGCGAUCAACCCAACUGUAGCCGCAAGCAGGGCUUCGGAACCAUCAAUGACCUAGCGCGACACAAGAAAUGCGUCCACAAACAGGAACCGGAACGUGGACCUAAGAUCCUAUACUUGUGUUUUGGGCGCAAUUGUCCCCGGAGACAGAAGAGAUGGCCUCGACUGGAUAACUUCCGUCAGCACCUCUUGCGAAUGCACGGGGAUGAAGACGCCGAUGACCUUCUGAAGAGGUCGCACGAAUGGUACAAUAGUAUCGCGCAAGCGAGUGAAUUGACGCUUGCUGCUGUUGACCCCAUGUUUGAGAAAACCCAAUCUCCAGAAACGCAACUGCCAACUGAACAGGACUACGUGAUGGAAGAUCUGAGUCAGACUCCGUGUAUUCCAAACGUGGCAGACGAGACGCUCAUCGGAGCAAGAUCGCCGGACAACGAAGAUCGCGUCUUGAACCCCAUCAAAGACACCAGUGAACAGGAACGAGAUCAAGAACCCGUAGACGCCACACUCAUGACUCCUUCAGAUACAGUUCAACUGCCGAGCUUCGGCACGCCCAGUUUGGCUUCAGCACUAGACCAAAAGCCGCCAAUCGCGCACCAAGACAGCAAGAAGAACGAGUACGUGGAAGAAUUCAUAGCGGACGCUGCGACUAACAUGAUCAAUGCACUGACGAGAAUGAUGAACUCCAACCACCGACGGCAUUCUCAGCCGGCAAACGACAUAGACGACCUGACCAGUCCUAGUACCGAGCUGUGCAGUCCAAAGAAGGAAAUUCUCCAGCGGAUAUUGACUGCAGCGUUGAACUGUUUAUCUGAAAAGCCCGAGCCAUCUGGCGACAGUACGUCCAAAGUGCCUGAGAGAGAACCGGACAAGAAAGACUGGAUCCAAUGCGGAGUCUGUGCGAAACGAACGCGUUUGCGGUGCGAAAUGAAGAAACACCAGAAACGCCACGAGCGACCCUACGGUUGCACAUUCCCUAAGUGCAGCAAGACAUUCGGCAGCAAGGCGGACUGGAAACGGCACGAGAACUCGCAGCAUUAUCACAUCCAAAGCUGGUACUGUACCUUGUGCGAUCCGACCAAGGGGAAACGAUACGUGAGGUGGUAUUAUCGUCAAGAGGUCUUCGUGCAGCAUCUGAAAACGCAUCAUCACGUCGAUAAUGAAGGGGUGAGAGUUGCGGUCGCAAAUAACCGUGUGGGAGAGAAUGGACAGUCCCGAUUUUGGUGCGGCUUCUGCAGGGAGAUUAUUCCUCUUCACAGCCAGGGUCGGGAAGCGUGGAGUGAGCGCUUCGACCAUAUCGAUUUUGAGCACUUCCGUAGGGGGCAGCGGAUCGGAGACUGGGUGCACUGUUGCCAUUUGAGCGAGGAUCAAGAACGCGAGGAAGCAAAGGGACGAAACAUGGCCGGUGGAAGCGAUGAGAGCCCGUUUGCCACAGAUGACCAUUCUGAGAAUGAAAAUGACAGCUGUAGUGAUUGUUCAUCGGACACUGUCCUUGAGGAUGAUGGGGUAGCUCUCGACCUGAAGACCUCGCGGCAGAUGGUUUCUUGCGAGAAAGAUUCUCCUUCGAAGAAGGCCUUGAAACUGGAGGAUUCUUCCGAGCCUGGGCAAUCACGAAAACGAAAACUUGACACGUUUGGGUCGAUGGUAGAUCCAUAUCAGCCCCACGCAGACGACGGAUCCAAAUCAAAGAGGAGAAUCAGCGCUGCUAUACCGCUACCACGGCAGUGA